GGCCUGGCUCCACCCACCGCCGUCUUUAGUGCAUUUGUUUCGGUUCCCAUCCAAUGACGCUGCAGCUGACAGGAGGGGCGGUGGCGUUGCGUGUCGCCGAUAAGAGGCGUAGCCAGUCGCGCGCAACACGUGCUUCAGGGCAAGGCCUCCCGGACACGGCACCGCCCACUAGUGCGGAGCGUAGACGUGCCGUCCGCUCGUGGGCGGGCUACGGAGCGCUGACUGACAUCAGCCUGGCGGUUGACAGGGAUCUGGAAAAUCUGCACAGGGAUAACAGCGAAAAGGCAUCGCUAUUAGCGCGGCCGCACUCGCUGGUCUUUGGCGGCUCGUCGACGUUCGGGCCGCUCCCGAGGGGUGUGAUGCCCGGCAUCCGGCAGCUGCUGGGCGUGCCGAGGAGUGCAACCAAUGGUACAGCGGGGCGGCGCGAAGACGCGGCCGCGCGGUCACCAUUGGUGAAACGCAGGCUGGGGGCGGAACCAAAGCCAGUCACUGGGUACCUGAGAUCCUCAUCGUCGUCUUCGAGCAUCGAGCCCGUACAGCCGCGCAACCGUCUUCGUCCCGUGUCGCCCAGCAGCCAAUCCCGCCUUUGCUCGCGAUGCUCCUCCCUCUUGACGCUGGCUUCCGCCUCCCGCUGCUCGCUUAAUUCGACGACGGGCGGGUUCGUGCCAGUGGUCACGCCCCCUACUACCGAUGACUCUCCCACCGUGCAGUCGUCACUGCUGUGCAAGCUGUGUCUGGGAGCCGUGCCCGGCGAGGACACUAUCAAAAUCGAACAGUGCGGAUGCGAGUUCUGUAACGAGUGUAUGAAGGCGUAUGUAGAGUUCGAAAUAGCCGAGGGUGCGUACGACAUUUCGUGCCCAGAUGCUCAAUGUCCCGACCAGGGCGUUCUACACGAGGAGGAGAUCAAAAGACUGGCUGGUAUUAAUUUAUUAGAGAAGCAUAGAAAGUAUCGCCUGAACAGAGAGGUAGACCUGGACUCGACCCGAGCGUGGUGUCCACGCGCCGGUUGUGAGACUGUCUGUCGACUGUGCCCCACGCAACGGUGCGCGCCUCAAAGCGUCUUCUGCCCCACUUGCGCCACCGACUUCUGCAGCAAUUGCAAACAGGAAUGGCACGACGGAAUCACCUGCGAACAAUUGGAGGCGCAAAAGCAAAAGGAGGGCAAACCCGAAGACGUCGGCAUACCGUUUGAUUCGGAUCUCAUCAAAUGCUGUCCCAUGUGCAACGUUCCUAUCGAAAAAGACGAGGGCUGCGCGCAGAUGAUGUGCAAAAGGUGCAAGCACGUCUUUUGUUGGUAUUGCCUCGCCAGCCUGGACGACGACUUCCUUCUGCGGCACUACGACCGCGGCCCGUGCAAAAACAAGCUCGGUCACUCCCGCGCCUCCGUUCUGUGGCAUCGCACGCAAGUGGUCGGCAUCUUCGCCAGCUUCGGCAUCCUGCUUCUGGUCGCUUCGCCGCUCCUGUUGUUAGCUGCGCCGUGUAUCGCAUGCAGCCGGUGUCGACUCUGCAACGCGGACGGCUCCUCUUCGCGGCUCAGCGAGGACGACGACAACGAGGGGGCGGAGCGGAGAAAUUCGAUGGUCGGAGCGCGUAGGCGGAGCCAAGAAGACACGCCCACCGGGGGCCGAUGACCACCGCCCAUUAACGAGGCGGGUCUGACCAGCUGCCCCUGGUGCUUGUGAGGACACGCUGUUCGUACGACGACGUCACGAACGGAGACAGAAAUUGGCUGUUAUAUGAGGUUUUAUACUAAAAGUUUCAUCAAAGACAAGCACAGUAAUUCGAUCUGGAUAAUAUCAGCAUCUUUUUCAACAGACACCGCUUGAACACCUUAAAAUAGGUUUGUUACCACCUUCUUGCAAACAUAGAAGUAAGCUUUUAUUUAUUAAAAUAUAAAUGUAAUUGGGAGGUUUUAUAACAUUUUUGUUUUAUUAUAGCACUUUUUAUCAAUUGUGAUUUUCCAGCUAAACAGAGUAGGAAAAACGAUAAAUUAUUGUGUAACAUCUGACACUUAUCAUGUGGUCUAAAUGUCGAUAAUCCCCCAUGCUUGUCUGGCCAAUUAAUUCGCAUUUGGACUCUGCUGGUUUCGCGUGACGUCAAAUGGAUAAUGAAGACAGAAAUAAAAUAUACCAUAUUGCCAUUGUAAUGAAGGUCACAUUUGUGAUUGAAACGUUUACACUAAAGAAGAUUAUGUCAGUGCGUGUGGUUUUAUUGGCCGGACACGCAUGAGAGAUUAAUAAAUUUUUACCUAAAAAUUUUGUCAGUUGAUUACGAAUGGUGUAUAGUGAUGAAAUUUGAAUCUUUAGGACGUUAUAUUUUGUUUAAGAGACAUAAGAGAAUAGUAAAUUCUUUUUCUUAUUUAGUAACAUUUCAAAAUGCCCCCUAUUGACAGGUGACAAUCAAAGCCGUAUUUUGUUGUCGUUUUUUGUACACCUGGAUUCAUUUUGUAAAAGACUAAAUGCCAGAACACAGCGGCUGCUAUGAAGAAAUUUUGUUAAUCCGAUUUUUUGACCCAUUGACGACGACCUGUAUCAUCGGUGGUCCACGUGAUGUUUUGCCAACAGCCGGAGUUGACCACCAGUGGUACAAGUGUAAAUACUGUUUCUAUGCGACUUAAAUUCGUUGAAUUUUCAAAAAGGUUUCUCUUAGGAGACAAACGGUUACUACAAUAGUAAAGUCGAAAUCACGAAAGAUGACGAUUACGUCAUCAUUUUAGUCUGUAGAAAAAACAAACGACAGCGUUUUGUGAAUAUUUUUAAAGAAGUUUCAGAUAUGUUAGACAGAGACAAAUAGAAUUUUAUUGUCUAAACAAACUGUAUUGCUAAUUUGCAUGUAUCCGACAAAGAUAGACGAAGUUUUCAUGUUGUAUGAUCGACCAUAUUUGAAAGAUGAAUAGUUAGGUUAUCUUAAUGCAGGUAGGGUUGUUUUCGAAUAAUGCUUUGGUCUUUGGUGUUCCUGUCUCAAGGUAUUCUACCCGUAACUGUUUUUUUCAAAACAAAAACUCCCCACUAAAAUUAUUAUUAUGGUAUCACUCAAAACCAUGAAAUAAAAUGAAAAUAAAAAUAAUCAGUGAAAUAAAUACUCGUCCAGUUUUUUGCAAAUAGUUCAUUUCGUUGUUCGCCGCUCAUGACCUGGUCUCUAGGCUUAAAUGAGACAGCUGGGGUGUCAGUGGCGUGCGGGAACAAAUUUCUGGCAUAUACUAUUUGUUUUCGGCGCUUUUGCCGAAUUUUGGCAGUCCUGUUGGCACGCUAGAACUGAAAAUUUGGAUAUUUCCAUUCACCAGGCCUACAUAGGGUGUAUCUAGUGACGUACUCGGUAGGGGUGAUUCCCGUGGUGAGAUUCCUCCUAUUUCGGAGUGCGAAGAGUAUACUGCUCAGGUGUCUUUCCCAGUACUCUUGCACGUAUUGCUCUUUUUCAGCUCUGCAUUUCGUUUCCCAACCGGGUUCGCUCUUUGGUGCUGAUGAGAUCCGGUGCUCAAUGAUGUUUUUUUCGAGGUGGAUCCUGAAAAGUGCUUGAACCAUAUUUGAUGACCUCUUUUCAGUAUCCUCACCUUGUGCAUAUGCUAUGCAGAAAACUGGUGGCUGUUUUUGACACCGCAUCCGGCCUGGGCUCGGCCUCUACCCAUUUACUUGCGAUGCAAGUUCCCACAAACAGGACCAUAUUUCCGGCCUGGGUUUUUGGGUAAGGCCACAUGGGGUCGAUACUUAUGACCUGGAAAGGUUCUUGAGGGAGAAUCGGCAUCUGGGAUGCGGCUGGUUGCGCGUACGAAGCGUUUCAUCAAGUCCAUUAGACCUGUCGAGUAGUACAGUCUAGUUGCAGAUAAGUACGUUUCCAGUACCCCAGGCUGACAAGCAUCCUCGUGGCCGUGGAAUCGAUGGAGUAGUCGGUCAAGCUUGUGUUUUGGAACUAGUAGCUGCCUGGCUUGACUAUUUUCCAUGGAUGGUUAUUUUCACAGACCAUAUUUGACCUCAAAUGAAUCCCAAAGACAACUUUCCCAUGGCUCAAGACGUUGUCUUUCCUCCGGAGAUAACGACCUUAGCAUUUCCCAUUCACCGAUGGCAUCCUUUACUUCAGGACAGUCUUAUUGAGAAGCUGCCAUCUCAGCUAACAGAUCGUCACGCUCGAGAAGGAAACAAGUUUGAGGGCUAGCGAGAUCUGGUUCGUCAUCAGACUUGUUUUCCGGAACCAGACUACGUAGCGGCAAACGGCCGUAGUUGUAUUCGCCCCCUUGUCUUGGGGCGUUAUUCGCAGCUGGCCGGCGGGUGCUCCUUUGUCUUCUGGCAGACUUGGUCCGCGACGCUAUGAAGUCGUCGAGAGCCUUCGUUAGAGGCUCGUUGCGACCUUGUAGUGCCAGGUCUAUCAAGGAUUUAACUUCCUCCGGAAGCUCGGUGUAUUUCGCUUCCAGCAAGCUCUCUCGCAACGAGCCUCCCAAAGUAACCCGCGAUUGUGCCAGUUGAUUAGUGUCUCUGUCCGCGUCAGUUACAACAUUAGAGUUUACAAUAUUGAAUUGCACGGCACUGUCACUCACACUAGCACAGUCUUCGUCUAUGUCCGAAUCUUCUUGGGCGUUCCUUCUAGCUGGUUGGGCGGUUCCUGAAGGCCCAGCCUCUUGGGAUGCGUGGAUGACAAUCGCUGAAUUGGCUAAACGCGCCGCUGCGGGCGACUCUGUUGUUUCGUUCGUGGUGAGUCGCCCAACGGAAGUUCUUCGUUCAGCAGAUGGAGGUGUGGAGACGUACUGUGGUCCACAGAUGGCAUUUGUUGAGUUUUGCCUCUGUGGCGCGUCUACUCCUUCCUCGGUACCCCUGCUACCAAUGAGAUUUCGGAACUUCCGUAGUCCAUAGCCGAUAGCUCGCUUUGGGCUGAACUUCUGACUUUUCGGAGCAUGGCUGCGUUUGCUGACUGGAGAACUAGCUUGUGAAAGACUGCUCAUGUCCUCCGUUGUUGCAGCAGUCUGCGCUCCUAGUCGUGCGCAAGCUUCUUCUUUCGCCAGAGCUAGGUACUCCUUAUAUAACGGCUUAUCUCUUCGAUGACGGAUCUGAUGUUUUGUCAGCCCCGUUGCCGCCACCAUGUCUUUUAAGAAGUACCUUUGCUCGGGGGUCAGGUUAGCCUCUAUAUUUGCUAACGUUAUCAUGAUUUCCGCCUCCGAGUGCGGUGCGCUUUCUGCCAAUUGGCGGUUAUACUCCACCGGGUGGGCCUUUUUGGUGUGCAGCCUCAUGCCAGGGUAGGUUUGAAAAGCCCUGUCACAGAAGCUGCACUGUUGCCAGUCUGUGGUGUUGGUGUUGAUGGCCCCCUGUGGAUUUUUCGGGGGGGCCUGUGGACAUCGUCUUGAGUGGUUUUGGAGGCCUUUGAGUGUAGUGAAUGACCUACCACAGGGACAAUUGUUGGCCGGUCGGCCUCCUCUGCCAUGGGGUGAUGUUGGGGAUGGCGAACCUCCAGAAUUGUUCUUGGAAGCCGUUGCGGUAACAUUUUCAGCCAUCCUCGUUUGCAUACGCUGAGAGGUAUUCUCAGUAUUGUUCCUCCUCGUGUCGCCACGUGUUGCGUCGUUCGACUUUGCUUCCGCCUUGUUGUUUGAGGCGGCGGAAUGGCUGUCCAUCCACCUACCAGAUGGAGUCGGAGCCUCGGGGUAAGAUAUACUACCGAAUUGUGUUGGGUUUCAGAUUAAGAGCAGUGCAAGGUAUUGCUACUGCCCGGGAGUUGCGGGGUUCGACGUCAGGGGGUCUUCCUGGCCUCGGGAGUUGAGGCAGGAAGUUUCCACUCCACUGGUGUAGAGAGACCAAGCCAAGGACCUAAAUCCGACGCGGAGUUGCGGGAUCACUUCAAACACAAGAAGGGAAUUGGCCCUCCAGGUGCGAGGAGUUGCGCGAUCCCGCUCACCUGUCGGGGGCGGAUACAGUGGGUGUUCUGGUGUUGAUCAACACCGGGAGUUCUCGAAUCGAACGGUAACAACCCCGGGAGUUGGGGGUUUGAAAAAUGGAUUUCGAAAAAAAUUGCAGGGGGAGUUCGUGGAACCUUGCUGAACCACAAUUAAUGCCUAUUAGUGAAUUUUGACGAUCUAAACUGUGGGAGUUGCGUUAUUGAAAAAUGGAAGUUGCAGAGUCAUAGUUACUUCCGCCGUUUACCCGUCUUCUUUCCCCGCUAAUUUUUCCAAGCCCGUUCCCUUGGCAGUGGUUUCGCUAGAUAGUGGGUAGGGACAGUGGGAAUCUCGUUAAUCCAUUCAUGCGCGUCACUAAUUAGAUGACGAGGCAUUUGGCUAUCAGUAAGGCGGGCAGGCAACUGAGGUUGCUCGGAGCGCAGUUCCCUGGAAACCCUCUGUCAUCAUUCCGCCUCCUCACCGGCCUGCAAAGACCCAUGAGGUUUCAGAAUGAACGAGAUGAGACCGCACCGACCUGGUUCCCCACUAUCGUUUUUAGCCGCCGGCGGGUUCGACGGCGUAGUGCGUUCAAGUUUUCGGGUGCCCAUGCGUUCUAAUUUGGCCCCUUUGGUAGUCGAGGUUCGCCCGUCGGUUUCCCUUCAGACCUUCCUCUUGCGUUCGAAAAGAAAACUGAACCGUUUUGAAGGCUUGUGCGGUUCAAGUGAUAAAGUGUUAAUUGGUUGGAAAAUUUCACUAAAGUGUAUUAGGCUAUCUUGUGUCAACAAGGCGCCUUUAUGUUCAACUUGAACCUGAUGUUAUGCACACUCAUGGUUCUUACUGCGUUCAAGUACUCCGUGAGUCAGCCGUGGUUAGCCUCGUACGUUGGAUACUACCGUCGAUGAAGUCAUUCGCCAUCUCAAUUGAUGAGCGAAGAGCAAUCAUUGAUAGUGUUCUGCAUAACGACUUGGAAUAAAUUCCUAGACGCCGCAGGCCAUUGACCGUAGUCCUGGGUAGUGCCCCUCUCGCACCAAUGACGAUUGGGAUCACUUCCACUUCUACGUCUCCGAAGAUGUCGCGGAGAGGGUUCUCCAGUAUCGAGUAUUUGGCCACUUUUUCCUCGUGGGCUUCCUUUAGCGUGUUUGUACCCUCGUAGCGGACUGUGUAGUCGACCACUUGGGCCCUUCCCUGAUCUACUACGACCAGAUCCGGUUUCAACAUGCCAUUGGACACGCGGAACGUUGACUCGCGGAGUAACUCCAGGUUGCGCCGCUUCUUUGAUACUUCUGACUCGACGAGGUUACCAAUCUCGUCGUGUCUCUUUAUCACUCGCGGCUUCAACUCUGGACAUCCUCCAAUAAUGUGAGAUAGGGAUUCCGGCCUAUUCUCACAUACGCGGCAUAGGUGGGACAGGUGAUCGUGUCCAGCCCGAAUGAGCGUCGUCCUGUUACCGUACGUAUUGGUACGCAUACGUAGGGCAUCGAUCAUCCUACCGCUAGAUAGAAGAUCGUUCCUGGUCAACCACUCAUUGGAUAGCCUAUCUUUAAACUCCUCGACUCCAUCGCCCUGGCACGGUAGCCCUUUCCAGGAGGAAUACUCCUUGUCAAUGGCGCUUCGCUUCAGUUUUGCGACGGCUUCUGUGGAGGUCGGCAUCUGGAUUCGUAGCAGUCUAGCUGCUUUUUCCGCCUCCGUGGACCGCACAGAUGACAUUCCGACGUUUCGGACUACGGGGUCUGUAGACUGCCUCAUCCUCACGACGGACUUGAUUACAGCAAGCUGAAUAUCAGUUGUCAUCCGGGUCACGCCUAGGCCACCUUCCUUCUUGCGCGUAAUAUAGUAGAUACAUAGUGGUACUUUCUGGCAGAUGGAAGAUUUUACGAACAACGUUCCGGAUUUGUUGGUCCGCAUCUUCUAACGCCGUCUUGGAAGGUGGAUUUUGCACCAUUCCGUACCUGUAUCUGGGAUACACAUACUCGAAUAUCAGCUUCAGUUUCUGUUCGGGCUUGAGACUAAGUCUUGCCGCCCGUUUUGCAGCAGAAACGAAUUCCUUCGCGUUGUCUUUGCUAGAAAUUCCUCCUUUCCAAGGAGUGAAACUGACACCGAGGUAACAGAUCGCUUCGUCUGGGUCCACAUAAUUGACUUCCUGAUCUUUGAUCUUAAGCUUGGGGUCCACGAUAGCCCAAGUUUUAUGUAGCGGUUUAACCGUGAACGCGCUACACUUGGCUAUCGAGAGGUUCAUGCCUAGGGCGCUGAAAUAUUCAGACACAAGUUCGAUGUCCUCUACGGCGUCCCCUUCAGAUUUACUGAUAAGAAUCAGAUCAUCCGCGAACGCCAGGACCGACACAUUGCGUCCUCCCAGGACAAUUCCCUUUCCUUCCCGCUGAUCGAGGUAUGUCAAUAAUGGGUCGACGACUGCGUUCCAAAGAAGUGGGCUAAGAGGAUCGCCUUGCUUCACGCCUCUCUUCAGACUGAUCUUUAUUUCUUCGGUCGUAGAUGGUAAGACCGUCUGACAAUCCUGGUAUACGUAAUCGACGUAUUCAGCGAUAUAAGGGGCCACUCCAAGCCUUCUGAGCGCCGGUACUAAUGCACCAUGUGGCACUGUGUCGAAGGCUUUGGAAAUUUCAAGUAUGGAACAAGUUCCACCCUGUUCCUCCUUCAUCGCUUUCAACGUUUGGCGAAAGAGGGAGACGUUCUGAGCCGCUCCCUCGUCAUGCGUGAAUCCUUUUUGUGCUCGGCUUAGCUCGAUGUUUCCC